CGGGACGCUUUGUUUCUUAAACCCUAAUUUAUAUACACUACCUCUUGUUUUGGGUAUCUCAGAGAUCGGGAGCUUUAGCGGCGGCGGCGGCGGCGGCGAUGGGCAAGGUGAAGGGGAAGCAGCGUCAGGACAAGUACUACCACCUUGCCAAGGAGCAAGGUUACCGCUCUCGUGCCUCCUUCAAGCUCCUCCAGCUCGACGCCAAGUACCGGUUCCUCCCCUCUGCCCGCUCCGUCCUCGACCUCUGCGCCGCCCCAGGCGGGUGGCUCCAGGUAGCUGUUAAUCAUGCUCCCGUAGGAUCCUUCAUCGUCGGCGUUGAUCUCUUCCCCAUCCGCCCUAUUCGCGGUGCUCAUGCCCUUGCUGAGGACAUCACCACCCCCAAAUGCCGCGCUGCCAUCAAGCGCCUCAUGGACUCCAACGGCUGCUCUGCCUUCGAUGUCAUCCUCCAUGACGGGUCUCCGAACGUUGGAGGCGCCUGGGCCCAGGAGGCCACCUCACAGUCGGCCUUGGUCGUGGAUUCGAUCAGGUUGGCCACUAAUUUCUUGGCUCCUAAAGGAACCUUUGUUACCAAGGUUUUCAGGUCGCAAGAUUACAGUGCCAUUAUUUUUUGUCUCAAGCAGUUUUUUGAUAAAGUUGAAGUGACUAAACCAGUUGCAAGUCGGUCGACCUCUGCAGAAAUUUAUGUAAUUGGGGUAAGAUAUAAGGCCCCUGCAAAGAUCGAUCCUCGGCUUCUUGAUGUGAAACAUCUAUUUCAAGGAGCGAUAGAACAACCUAAGGUUGUGAAUGUUCUUAGAGGAUCAAAACAAAAGAGAAAUCGUGAAGGGUAUGAAGAAGGGAAUACUACACUGUGGAAGGUUGGCCUAGUUUCUGAUUUUAUACAGUCAGAGUCAUCAGUGGAAUUUCUCAGCUCUGUAAAUGCAUUAUCAUUUGAUGAUCCAGCAUGUUUUUCUUUUAGGGAUCACGAGUUAACCACAGAUGAGAUUAAAUCGCUCUGUGAGGAUUUGUAUGUACUUGACAAAAAAAGUUUCAAGCAGCUGUUAAAAUGGCGCAUCCACAUUAGAAAUGCAUUGUCUAAAGAGAAGGUGGCUUCAACAGCUAAUGAAGACAAGAUUGUUAUUAAGGAAGAUGAUGCGAAAGAGGACGAGCAAGAGGACGAGGAUGAUAAAGUUCUAAAUGAAAUGGAAGAGCUGUCACAACUGAUGGACAAAAAGAAAAAAAAGGCGAAGAAACUUCUUUCAAAGCGCCGAGCUAAGGAUAAAGCACGAAAAGCAAUGGGAAUACAAAUUGAUGCCACAGAAGACAGCUAUAUUGAGAGGGAUUUGUUUUCUCUUUCUGCUAUCAAGGGUAAGAAAGAAUUGCUUGCAAUUGAUUCAACAGACCUCAAUGAUGAAUAUGGCGAGGACAAUUUAGUGGACAGUGAUGACGAAGAGGCUCAGAGAGAAAUAGAAAAGGAGGAUUCAUCCGAUGAAAUGGACUCUGAUGAGGAGCAAAGGAGAUACAAUGAACAACUUGAAGAAGAGCUUGAUGAAGCAUAUGAACGAUAUGUGACCAGAAAGGGGGGAAGCACCAAAGAGCGAAAACGUGCAAAGAGGACAUCUGAUGAUCUGGAUUUAAUAGAGGAAGAAAAUGAUGGUGAUGACCUCGUUCAUCCUGUUGAGGAAUCUGAUCAAAAACAAAAUAAAGAAUCAAAUCCUCUAAUGGUACCUAUUGUUGAAGAUGAGCAGCCAACUGAAGAGCAAAUGGUGGAGAGAUGGUUCGGUCAAGACGUGUUCACUGAGGCAGCAACAGACGGCAUGCUUGAAGACAGUGAAAGUGACGAGGAAAAAGAAGCAAAAAUUGUCAAAGUUCCUGCAAAGACCAAGGAAAACAUUAAACAACCGCUGGAUUUGAGCCUCCCUAAAAGCCUUCCUAAGUCAAAGAAUACUGAGCAGGAUGGCUUUGAAAUAGUUCCAGCUGAACCCAUGGAAACAAGUGAUGACGACUCUUCAUCUUCUGAUGAAUCAGAUGACAUGGAUGAUUAUACAAAAGCUGAAAUAUUAGCUUAUGCAAAGAAGAUGCUGAGAAAGAAACAGAGAGAGCAGAUACUCGAUGAUGCCUAUAACAGAUACAUGUUUGAUGACGUAGGUUUACCAAAAUGGUUUGAAGAUGAGGAGAAGAGGCAUUGCCAACCCAUCAAGCCCAUCACUCGAGAAGAAGUUGCUGCAAUGCGGGCACAAUUUAGAGAGAUUGAUGCUCGACCUGCUAAGAAAGUGGCAGAAGCCAAAGCAAGGAAGAAACGGGCUGCUAUGAAAAAGUUAGAGAAGGCUCGACAAAAGGCGAACUCCAUUGUAGAUCAGACUGACAUAUCUGAACGUUCCAAGAGGAAGAUGAUCGAUCAGGUAUACAAGAAGGCUGAACCAAAGAAGCCUCAAAAGGAGUAUGUCGUUGCAAAGAAGGGUGUCCGAGUGAAGUUGGGCAAGGGUAAGGUGCUUGUGGACCGGCGGAUGAAGAAGGACGCUAGGUCUUAUGGCUCCGGAAAGCCAGGCAAGGGUGGUUUUAAGAAGGGAAAUAAAACUACUAAAGGGAAGAAGGCCCAGAAGGGCAAUCAGUCUGCAAAAACAAACAGGUCGGAGAAGAAAGGCAAGGGUAAGGGACGCAAGCAUGCCUAAUCAUCAUCGACUCCUAUCUAUUACAAACAUUUUGUUUACCUUUCCGAAGCCAUUUUCCUCAGAGUUAGCCUCGUUUACUAUCAAUUUUGACACAGAAAACAAUGCUUCUAGAGAUUUUUAAUCAGCUAUUGUAGCUUUGUCUUGUGUCUGUUGCUAUUGUUUCUAUUUCUUGUAGACUCAUAAUAUUGACAUUAUGCACUUAUUGUAAAUGCUCUA